GUGUGAUUUAAGAAAUUCAGAGGGUGCAAUUGAAACCCUCUCAAGUAUACGUAGCUCCGCCCCUAGGUUUCCGUCAGUGUGUUUUCUUACUCCUCUUUCCGAUCAACCUUUGUUGAAACCCCAAAUCACCAUUCUCUGAAGCAAUCCGAAAGAUUUUGCUUAGUGCUGAUUGAAAAAUGGAAGAAAAAAAUGGAAGAAAACGCCAAGGUGAAAACCUAAAAUCAAACAAGAACAACAAAAAGCAUAAUCAGGUUUUCGAAUACGGCAACUACAAGAGUUACUACAACUACCGAAUUAGUCAAGGUGUUGAUGAAGAUCCUCGCUUGAAAGUUUUCAACAAAGAGUGGUUUCAAGGAAAGGAUUGUCUUGAUAUUGGUUGCAAUAGUGGGAUAAUCACCAUACAGAUUGCACUCAAGUUUAGCUGCCGGAGCAUUCUUGGAAUUGACAUUGAUUCUGAUCGGGUGUGCGAUGCAAAUUGGAAUUUGAGAAGAACUGCUAGAAUGAAAUCUGCCGGGAAUAAACCUUCCAAGGUCUCCAAACUCAAUGACAACAGCCAUACGGACCAUUCAAAGAACAGUGUUACUCCAUCAUCACAUGUUGAAACGAAAGACUUUUCAAAUGAGCCUUCUUCUUUGGAGCAAAUUGAUCUUUCCAAUAUUGUUUCUUUUCAAUGUGAAAAUUUUGUUCAGAGUUGGCACCCACCAGGAAAACAGUAUGAUACUAUUCUUUGUCUGAGUGUAGCAAAAUGGAUUCAUCUAAAUUGGGGGGAUGAUGGCUUAAUUACAUUAUUUGCAGAGACUUGGAAGCUGCUCCGACCUGGUGGCAUUUUUGUGUUGGAACCUCAGCCAUGGAAGUCAUAUGAAAGCAACCGUAAUGUCACAGAGAAUACUUCUGCUAACUUCCGUAAUAUUAAGUUUCGACCAGAAGAGUUUCAGGAAAUACUGCUAGAUAAGGUGCAUUGCCUGCAACCCUGGAUAGGACCGGGUUUAAUGCCAAGAACUGUAUUGCUACAGGCUUGAUGAGAAACGAGAGCAAAGGCUGGAACAGGUGGAGCUUGGCAGGAGGAAGAGGGCCGCUUCGAGGAAAAAAGCACCGGUCAUUCUACAUACUCUCCAAUAGUUCUCGGUCAAAUCCAGAAAAUUCCUUUGUAGGUUCAUUUGUAGAUUUUUCUGCCGAGGGUCUGUUUGAUCGUUUGUCUUCUAGUUGGCAGGUCAAAUAUAUGGCGGCAGCAGAGAUGGUAAUUGGAUUCCUGCGAGUGCAGAAGCAUUCGUUGAUCACAACGUCUCCAAUAUGAGUAGCCAGUUCCUGAGCAGAUUUAUUGAGCUGAAGAAGAGUGCAAAAUCUUGGCAUAUGAACUGAUAUAGAAUUGCUGUUAAUGGGUCGACUUAGCUGUAAAGCUUCUCCCAAUAUCUUGAUGUAUCUUUAGUUUCUCCAGUUUUGUUCCUUUUGCCAAAUAAGCUGGAUUGUAAAGCCCCUGCUAUAAUGGAGCCAAACCGUCAUAAUUACUGCAUCAUCAUAUUGAGUUUUUUUGUUAGAAGUACAAGUAAUUGACCAGUUUUCCGAUGAGGAACUUCCAUCAUGACUGUAAGCUAGUGUCAAAACCUUUGCAUUUAAUGUAAGGUCAUCUUUGCCAA